UUGUUUUUUUUAGCUUUGAAACAUUGCACUAAGUUUGUUAUUUAUAUUAUUUACUUAACAACGUUCAUGACAUUCAUUUAUGUAGCUGUACGUAGUAUUGAUGAUCAGGCAUAUUUGGAGAAUAAAUUUGUAAAAAUUCCUGCAUUAGUAACGUUUUUAGGCAUUGUAUUUACAACUAUCUCACUUGUUGAUGAUUUUGAUGACAUUGUUCUUAUUUUAAAGGAGACCGGCCGAGCCAUCUUAGCAUCCAAAUGGACACUGAUGUUUCCACUUCUCAAAAAUGUUUUGCUUUGGUCUAUUUUCAUAUUUGGAAUAAAUCUUAUGCCACUUUACCAUAAAGAAUUAAGUCUACGUCCACCAUUUGAAGCAAUUAUUGUAAGCCUCAAUUUAAUGGCAAUUAUCUGGUUAAUGGCUUGGAUUUAUGGACUUUUUGAAAUGGUACAUUCAGGAAAGUUUACAGGAUGGUACAAGGCGUUCUAUGCAAAUAAGAAGUUUGAAAAGUCUUAUGGACAUUAUUUCUGGACUGCUAUAACGAUGAAUUCAGGAACGGCAGUAAUUGGUGGCUUGAUGCCCUUUGGACACUUAAUAUGUUUUAUAUUCAGUGGUAUUAUAGCCAUACUUUCUAUACCAUUCUAUUUUUUUCUACCUUCAAUUUAUACCAAGAUAGCAAAAUUCGUAGAAAAUCGAAUUCUAAAUCAUAUGCACUAUGAUAAUGUUUACAUUGUAACUAGUAAUUACCACACUAGUUUAAUUGAGUCUAUUGUGCUUAUAGCUAAUGAUAAUCUGUGGAAGUUUACCAGAAAGUCCAAAGUAACAAUAGUAAGUUAUUUAACUUGUUUUAUUUGAUUUAUCUUCAUGCAUAUAAAUUAAUAUUUUAAUGUUACAGAUUUCGA